UUUGUCGGGGCCGGGCCCUGCGCGGCCGCCGUCGCCGGGGCGGGGCGGGGGCAGCGGCGGCGCCGGGGCGAUGGGGAACCUGUUCGGGAGGAAGCGGCGGAGCCGCGUCACCGAGCAGGACAAGGCGGUGCUGCAACUGAAGCAGCAGCGGGACAAGCUGAAGCAGUACCAGAAGCGGAUAAGCCUGAACCUGGAGAAGGAGCGAGCAUUGGCCAGGCAGCUGCUGAAAGAGGGCAGAAAAGAAAAAGCCAUGCUCUUGCUAAAGAAGAAGCGUUACCAAGAGCAACUUCUAGAUAAAACAGAAAACCAAAUCAGCAACUUGGAACGGAUGGUCCAGGAUAUUGAAUUCACCCAGAUUGAAAUGAAGGUCAUCGAGGGUCUGAAAAUAGGCAACGAAUGUCUGAACAAAAUGCACCAGGUUAUGUCAAUAGAAGAAGUAGAAAGAAUAAUCGGUGAAACCCAAGAUGCGGUGGAGUACCAGAGGCAAAUAGACGAGUUACUGGCUGGCAGCCUGACUGAGGAAGAUGAGGAUGCCAUUCUAGAAGAGUUAAAUGCAAUUACUCAGGAACAGAUGGAGCUUCCAGAAGUUCCUUCUGAGCCACUCCCAGAAAAGAUUCCAGAAGCAUCACCCGUCAAGAACAGGCCAAAACCAGAACUGGUGGCAGCAUCUUAACUCCCACUUCUGGGGAUUCCCCCACAUAACUUUCACCCAGGACAGUUUGCCAUCCCAGCAUAUGCUGGGAACAAGCAAUGCCUUGGCAGCAUCCCAGCUGUGCUGGGCGGAUUGUGGAGCAGGAUUCCCUGUGCAGGGUGGGGAACCUCAGCUGAUUAUUGCUCUUGUAUCAAGAUUAUUUUCUAGUGCUUUCUUUUUUUGUAACUUAAAUUCUAAACGCACUCAGCUGCGCUGUCUCGGGAUUAAACAACAACUCUCCACUUCCAAAGCCAAAUGCUCUCUGUAGGUUUGAUUUCAGUGAAGAAUCUGUCUUUGGUCAGACUGAAUCCCUAUCAAGUCCCAGCGUCAGAGUGAUUGCAUGUUGGAAACGGCUGUCCUGGGCAUCGGGCUGGGCGAGUGAGGCUGCUGUGAGGAGCCCUCUGGACCACACCACUGACUGCACUCUCUUGGCUCCUUUGCUUUCCCUCUUCUGAGACCAUUUGUGGAAGGACUGCCGGUGUCUCUCAUCCUUGUGUAAACUGGACUGGCUGACGUGUCUGUGGCUCUGAAAAGGCAGGGGCAGAGUGCAGGCAGCCUGAAAGAAGGCAGCAAUCGGAGCUUCCGCAGGCACUGAUGCUUUGUACUGCUGGUUAGAAACUGUUCUGUCAGCCAUGGGUGAAACAGGCUUAUGCGCAAGGAUGUUUCAUCUGGGGGAAGUUCAGUGUGAUUGCUGGGUUCUGCAUUUGUUGGCAGCAGUGCCAACUGAGGGAAAAGCCCAAUCCUACAUGCGGGGUGAAGAGCUGGCCUCUGGCCGGGUGUGAGUCGGAGGCGAUCGGCAAUCAUUCCCACUCAGAUCCCGCUCUGCCUAUCUGGUAACUCAUGGUGCUGGGUGAGAGCUGGGGUGACAGGAAUCUGACGAGCCCCUUAAAAUUGCAGCAAGGCGUCUCCUGCCAACGUCAUGAGCUGGAAGCUGUCCCUUGUUGGCUCUGUACCAUCGUCAGAGCUCACCUUUGCAACGUUCAGACGGGUUGAGAUCAAUUCUGCUUCCAGUUGUCAGCUCAUGUUUGAUAUUUUCUGGAGACAGGAAAGGUCAGGCUGGGGUAAAUGCCAGGCUGGCUCUGUACCAGACCUGAAGCUUAAAUUGGUGCUCCAAGGACUCUCCUCAGUAUGGAGUUGGAGGGGAGACCAGUUCUUUCUGCACUGCCCUGUGGAGGACAGGCUGGUGCUUCUCGUGGUGUAGCGAGGCGCUUGGGUCAACACGGAUGGCGGAGCCUUUGGAAAGCUGCCUGGCCAGGCAGGUGGUGGGCAGAUUUAGCUGUCCUUGGAAGCAAGCUUACUUGCCAGCUUGCAGAUGCUCUUCAGGACGCUGCAGAUCUUUAUUUAUUAUGUUCUUGAAGCUGCAACCCUUAAUCCCUGUUUCUGUGAUGGCAGAAGGACCUUGGAGACAUUUAGUGACUGCCUUUGGGGUUAUGGGAUCUGGUGCUAGACAAUGAUAAGUAAUCCCAGAGUCUGUGCUGCUUUCCAGCCUGUGGCCAUGGGCCAGCAGCAGCUCUGGUUUUGAGUCAUGCUGUCCGUAUCAUCUCCGUUUCUUACCUCCCAAAGACUGGCCAGGCAUCAAGGAGUAGAGCCUGGGGCCAAACGCUUUGGAGUCGCCUUGUUUUCAGUUCUACUGCACUCUCUCCUGGUCAAUGUUUCACAGCAAGGCAGGGUCCCACAAGCCUUGGACCCCUAUUUGGAAGCAGCACAGCUGUAGCAAACAAACUACUUUCUCUGUAAUGGGCAGAGUGGGUUUGAACAGAUCCUUGUGCCUCUGCUGAUCACACCGGUUACCUUGGCUAGUGCUGGGGCAGCCAAAGCCUUCAACCAGCUUCCAUAGCCAGAGUCACACGACGGGACAGGGCUGUAUCCUGCUGUGUGCUCGACUGAUUUUUUUCCUUUCGGUGAGGUGGUUCUGCUCUGGUUUACCAUCCUGGCUGUCUGCAGUGCACACUCGUUCCACCAGAGAGAGCUUUGUCUUCAUCGGCACCGCAGUGGCUGGACAAUUUUUGUGGAACGUUUUUCUUUCAAGCCUCCUCCAGUCCAUCGCUAGCAUGGUGUUGACUUGUUUAAUUUUACUCUGUUUAAUUUGUAAUUCAUAGGAGGGAAUGCUGGACUCUCCCACUAAGGGAUCUUUCCUGGGAGACCAGUAUUUGCUGCUAGCGCUCGGUGUAAACCCUGUUGAAUGGGCUUGGCUGAGGAGGGAGGGACCACCACAGUCAUGGAAUAGAAUCAUGGAAUGAUUUGGGUUGGAAGGACGUUAAAGAUCAUCCAAUUCCAUCCCCUCUGCCAUGGGCAGGGACCCAUUCUGCUGGAUCAGGCUCAUGGCCUCAUCCAGCCUCAUCUCGAACAGUCCCUGGGCUCUGGUUCUCUUGGUCUUGAACAUCCUGGCAGUGAGAGAGGUACAAGCCAACCAUUCCAGGGGAAGCUGCGGUGAGACCGUGCCUGGUCCUGGCAUCUGAAUGCCUGGUGCUGUGCCCUUACUCAGGGCUUUCCUUGAGUGGAGGCUAGUCCAGAGAGGAGAGGGUAGAGCUGAAGGGGUUAAUGCAGCUCCUUGCAUUUGUUAAUGCAGAGAAGAGGCCAUUUACUGAGCUAAUAGGAAGAUUUGGAGCAGAUUGCCAAUGGCUUCCUCUUCUGAUCCCUGCACCAAACAGAUUGCGCUGUGUCUCCUUGAGAGGAAGAGCCAGGAGUGGCGUGUGACCUCUGGUGUGCUGUAACAAUAAACUGCUUCCAAUGGUUUCAGCGGCUCCUCUCUCAGCCUUGUGUUUUCACAGUAAAUGUUUUGGAUGAGCAAGAGUUGCCUUCCUCCUCCCUCCCCUUCUUGCUCCCUGCUCCUGGGAGAGAUGUGGGCAGGAAAUUUCAGAGCAGGCUCCAUGUGGAAGAGAAAAACAAUCCUGUUUGCUUGGAUGGCCCAGGAAGGCUUGUGUGUAUCUGACAGCAGCAGAGCCUUGAGAGCCCUGGCACGGCCGGCAGCUGAGUGGGGAGGAGCUGGAGAGAUAUUGGAGAGAGCUGGUGUGUUCUAUCGCUGUGAAGGCAGAGCAGUCCCUGCUGUGCUGUGGUUCUGUGCCUCCCUCAUCACCCAGGGGCAGAGGGUCGGGCUGAUCACCCUGGGUCUUCCCGGAUAAAUUGUUUCCUGGGGAAAAGGUCUCUUCUGGGCAGCAGGAGGAAUGAGCUGGAUCCCAAGACAGGGAAGGGUGUUUGCAAAGGCAGCUCUCCCAGCCUUGGGUUUGCAAUGAAGCUGAACCAGAGGGUUUUUUUUUUUCAGGAAUUAUUAUUGAGUUAUUGGCAAACUGGGUAAUAAACAGUCCUCACUGGGACACUGAACUUGCCGGGAGCCUGUGUCUCUGUCUGGAUGACAGUGGUGGCCAUGCCGUCUGCCCCUGCCUGCAGUGGGCUCUGGUGUCCCCUCCCUCAGCAGACUUUUCUUUCUGACACCCCAAGCGGCCAACCCAGACCCCCUGGGUGUAAAUUCACCUAUUUCAAAUGGGCACGGUACCCGAGGGCACUGUCACCCAUGGUCCUCAAGAGUGACACCAGGGCUGCCUCUGAGCCACUGGCUGUGCUUUGGCACCAGCUGCUUCCCCCUUGGCUUGGAUUUACAUCUCCUGCUGAUGGAAGCAACGGGACAUAUCCAAGCCUCUCCAGCCAGGCCCUUGGCUCAGCCCCCCGUCCUGUCCCUGCCAGAGGAGGUACUGGGGGUUCCCAUAUUCCUGGGAAAGCAGCUGUAUCGUGUUUAACAGUGUUUAAUUAACACUCCCUGUCCUGCUCAGCUGUGGCAGCGGGGUGGGAGCCGGCACCCCACAGUGCGAGCUGAGCCUGGAGCUCUUCCAGCUGUGUUUUACUUGGCCAGAUGUUCAGCUCAAGAGAGGAGUUGUCCUCCCUUGAAGAAAGUCAUUGAGGCAGCAUUGCUCGUUGCUAAUUAAACCCUGGAGAACACGGGCAACAUCACACUGCUUCCUCGGCCGCCCCCACGCAGCACUCAGAGCCCUCCCCGAUGCCCCUGGCAUGGA